CCCUCGCGCUGUCCACAACCACAGAAAUCAGAAGAAGCUGCGAACAGCAAACGCGCCGCGCAACUGUCCUGCGUGGACUUUAUGUAUGUGUGGCUGCGUAUGUCGCUUCCUCUCCUUUUCUAGUUUGCUCCAUUUACCUCCCCUGCUCUCCUCCAGCCCCGGCGGCAGCGGAAUGGCGACAGCGGCCCCCAACCCGGAGGACGCGGCACGGAGCAGCGGCAGUAUUGGCGGCGGCACACCCAGCGCCCUCGCCGCGGAUGGAGAAGCGGAAGAGGCCGAGGACUUCAGCUCGUCCUCGCAUUGUUCGGAGCUGUCCCGGAGGCAGAACGAGCAGCGAAAACAGGGCUUGUUUUGCGACGUGACGCUGGCCUUUUCCAGCGGAUCCGGCUCGGGGAUGAUACACAGCUGCGAGUUCUCCGCGCAUCGGUCGGUCCUCGCAGCGGCCACGGAUUAUUUCACCCCGCUGCUCAGUGGACAGUUCUCCGAGUCCAUUUCCGGACGGGUCGAGAUGAAGGAGUGGAGCUCGGAGCAAGGGCCUGACCCAGACACGGUGGAGAGCGUGAUUCAGUACAUGUACACGGGGGAGAUCCGCGUGAGCACCUGCAACGUGCACGAAGUACUCGAGCUCGCAGACAGGUUCCUUUUGGUGCAGCUGAAGGAUUUCUGUGGAGAAUUCCUGAAGAAGAAACUGAGUCUAACCAACUGCGUGGCCGUGCAUAGCCUGGCGCACAUGUACACUUUGGACCAAUUGGCUUUAAGAGCGGCAGAUAUGAUCCGUCGAAACUUCCAUAAGGUUAUCCAGGACGAGGAGUUCUACACUCUUCCCUUUCACUUGGUCAGAGACUGGCUUUCAGAUGCGGAGAUAACUGUAGAUUCCGAGGAAGUUUUAUUCGAAGCUGUCGUGAAAUGGGUACAGAAGAACUCAGAGGAGAGAAGUCGGUAUUUUGAAGAGCUUUUCCGACUGCUAAGGUUACCGCAGAUCAAACCCACGUAUUUGACAAGAGUGGUGAAAAACGAGAGGCUAGUAGCGUCAAAUGAAGCUUGCCUAAGAUUGGUGUCCGAAGCAGUGGAGGGGCACGCAAUCCGCUUUGAGAAUCUUAAAUCGGCCGAUAUGGAGCUGUGGUCAUCGCACAUGACAUCUUUCCAACCACGCUUUGGUCAAAACAUGGACGUUAUAAUGGUAGUGGGCGGAGUUUCAGAAGGAGGGGACUAUUUAAGUGAAUGCGUUGGUUAUUUCAUAUACGAAGACAGGUGGGUGAACUUGCCACACAUACACAAUCAUCUAGAUGGGCACGCGAUUGCUGCUACCGAAUCUCACGUGUAUGUAGCUGGUUCAAUGGAGCCCGGGUUUGCAAAGACUGUGGAAAGAUACAACCCGAAUCGCAAUACGUGGGAGCAGGUUAGCAACUUGACAACUCGUAAGCAUUCGUUUGGGCUAACGUGCAUUAAAGAUAUCCUGUAUAGCAUCGGAGGGCAUGGGAACUUCAGUCCUGGGUUUAAAGAUGUUAGCGUCUACGAACCAGAGCAAGAUAAGUGGCAUAAUCUGGAAUCCGCCCCUAAAAUAUUGCGUGAUGUUAAGCUAAGCGUAGAAGACAGAUUUGUUUACGUAACAGCUCGUACCCCGGUUGACACGGACAACGAAGAUGGGCUAAAAACCGUGACAACACGAUAUGAUACCGAAAGUAGGCAAUGGCAAGAUGUAGACUCACUGCCGCUCAUUGAUAACUACUGCAUUUUCCAGAUGGCAGUGGCGUCUACAAACUUCUACCACACUGCUUCCUGUUGUCCGAAAAGCUACACCGUGCGCGACGAAAUGGCGAGACAAAAGAUCAGCGUUCGCAUUUCCGACGAGAUCCUGGAAAGCUUGCCUCCAGAGGUAACCAGCAUCGAAGGAGCAGCCAUUUGCCACUUUGACGAAGAUGUGUUCAUUAUCGGCGGAUGGAAGAAUAGCGAUGACGUUGACAAGCAGUAUCGCAAAGAAGCCUACCGAUACUGCGCAGAGAGGAAGAGAUGGAUGCUUUUGCCCCCAAUGCCCCAGCCGAGGUGCAGAGCCACGGCUUGCCACGUGCGGAUACCCUACAGAUUUCUCUAUGGAUGCCAGCGUUACCCCAUGCCCCAAAACCUGGCGAGGCAACGGGACAGAAUGCAACAGAUGCAGCAGCUUCACAGGCGCACCCUCACCCUCCGACGCCAGCUACAAUCACAAAUCGAGUGUUAAAUAUUCUCUUGUAACUUUAGGCCUGUCACCGUAACAAGUUUUGAAAUAGGGCUGCACGGAAUGAGAAAAAAAAGAUAUUCGAUACUUGUUUUGUAUUGAGAUAACGAUAUUGCUGUAAUAUUAUCUCAUACUUUGACUCAGUAAGUUCAGUUAAGUAAAAAAGAAUAUAUACAUGCUGUUAUUUAUUAGUCAAGUUUUUAUUUUGACAGUUUAACACUGACUAAUUGAAGACUAAAUAAGGAAAAUAAUUAAAAAAUUUACCUUUCUGUCAAUUUUACUUUGAAGAAUAUAUUUCGAUUAUUGUGUCAGCCAAUAUUCUAAAUUCAAUAUUUUGUUAUAUAUUGUGCAGUUGUAUUUUGAAAUAUGAUAUAUUGCUAAGGAAAUUAUGAACAAUAAAUGAUAAUAUUGAAACUAAUUUAUACCACCGACUCAGUAACCCUAGAGCAGUAUUAUCCCACUCUCUCUAUAUAUAUCAUAAAAUAUAAUUUAAAGAAAAUUACCUUCUACAAUCUUUAAUCGUAUCAUAGCACAGAAAAAUAGCAUAAAGUUCCUAAUUUUUUUUACAAAGAAAAAGUACCUAGGACAAAUAUUGAUUUCCAAAAAAUACAGUUUCAUUUAUCAUUCAUUGAACUAUAAGUCAAUAUAGUCAUUAUAGUGACAGGCCUAUUUGUAAUAUUUGUGUGACCUGGCAGAACAAAGCUGGUUCGUGUUUUCUGUUCAUUCCAGUAUAAAUGUGUGUAUUUUGCCCCUGGUUCAAAAGCCAUCAGUUACAUUGGUCUUACUGUCUGUUUGGUCAGUUAGAACGAUAUGGUGAAUGUAGACAUGUGAAUAAUAGUACUGUACAUAAAUCCACCAACAGAAACGUUACAUGUGUUGGUAAAAAUGUCAUUUGUUUGUACAUAAAUGGUAUAAAAAGCUAUAUAUGUAACAUUUAUAUAUAAAAAGAAAGCAUUCCAUUAUUUUAUGCUUGUAUUUGGGACUAUUGCAGUGUCUCUCAAACUGUACUCGAUGUAUGGGUGAAAUGUCUUGCUCAAAGACAUUACAGUAGUAUGCAUUUCCAGACAUGAAGAUUGAACCACCAACCUCUGGGUUAGUGGGUGAAGUAACUAGGCCGACAGAGCAUCUGUAACCCCAUAACUAUAAAGAAGUGAAUUCAUUGUAAAAGUUCCUUUGCCAAAAACGGAUAAGUGAAGAAAAUCAUUGGAGUUUUGUAGUUUACUCUUAGGUGCGUAAUCUUUUCAAAACCCAAAGUUAUUUUACCACCAUCAAAAUAUUAUUCUAUGCCUUUUUGGUCCACUAUACUACAUUAUUGUUAUUGAUAAUCUCUCUAGAAGAUGGUAACAAAAAGAAAAGGUUGUGGCAAUUUUCCAAAACCAAGAUUUGUUUUUGCUAUUGAACUCUUCAGUAACUAGCUAAAUGAAAUUAAGCUAAGAAAAAUGCACUUAAAUCACAAUGGAUAUAAUUUGAAGGAAGCUUGAAAAAGACCUGGACCCACAGUUUGAGAAACACUGGUCUAGUAUCUAUAUCCUGCAUUCCUUUAUUUAGUUAAAAAAACAAAAACAAAAAAACAAAACUUAAACUAAUGGCUUCAAGUGUGAUUCCAUAGUAGUAACACUGUGACAAUCUUAACCGGUGUAGGUCUGGAGUAUUUCUAACUGUACUUCAUAUCACAAAUACAACCUGUGCUUUAACUUUGCAGUCUUACCACCUAAAUGCAUUAGUCUUAAAAUACUGUGUACUUUCAAAAUGUACAGAUCUGUAACUUGUUUCUGUGUACAAUUUAAAGGUGCACUGCGCAACUUUCCUAUCUGAUUGUCUCGACGGAGAUGUGAUUGCUUUGCCUGGAGUUUUCCAUGCUUACUAUUCCACAUUAAACAUACAUCUGGCAUUUAUUCAUUACAAGUGUUUCCAUUGCUCAAAAAUACAAUUCCUUCUGUGAACGGGGGCCACUCUCCACAGAUCUGAACCGUAAUGUAGUGUAGUGCUAUAACCUGCUUGUCUACCGUGUGAUGGAUAAGUUUAAUCUAUACUAUGGAACACUCUAGACAAAGCAAUAACAUUUCCAUGGAGACAAGCAGCUGGCAGACCCUACACUAGAAAUGUUACGCAGUGCACCUUUAGCGUUAUUAGUUUAGCCGCAGCUUCAAAUAAGAAAAUGAAAAGAGGUAUGCAAUUUCGCAGAUGGGCACUUAAUGACUUAAUGUAAUAUAUGUAAAGUAACAAUUCCCUUUUAAUAACGUCAUUCUAUUUGGCCAUUGCUCUAUGCACCAAUCAGAGACAAUGGCUUAUUUUCUCAUUCCAUUUGCACUUUGGCAGGUUUUUUGCUCAGUGUAAAGCUAAGAAAGAUGCUAUGACAUAUGUGUUGAAGUCUGUAUAUGCCACAAAUGGUGAUGGUGGCUUUAUUAACUGCACUUUGUGACAGCUAAUAGUUUGUGAAGUCUUAAAGGUCCUAGAUUACACGACACUGACUCUUGUGAGCUUUAAGUGAUGUUGUCACCUCAUCAAAAACAUACCUGUAAUUAUAUUUUGUUUCAUUCACACACGUUGAGUAAUCUUUUAUUAUUAGUCUGUCUGCAGAGUCAGAAUGCUCUUUUCUACCUUGUGAUGUCAUGAAGUGGUAGUUUUCAAGUUCAACAACUCCUUUACCUUAUCCUCCUUUACCUUUAGUUCAAUAGAGAUCGGCAAUUCCAAGGCUGAAAUCACCCAAAUGAUUCUAGUGAAGGUGCAUCAAGUUUAAAAACACAGUGAAGCAUUUCCUGCAUUGCCACAUGACAUCACAAGGUGUUUUCUGGUUUGACAGAAGAGCUCAGCAUAAAUGUGCAGGAUUGGAGUGUUAUACAUGUGUGAAUGAAACAAAACACAACUCCAGGUAUGUUUUGAUGAGGAAACAACAUUGUAACAUAGAUCAGAAAAUAGUGUAAUUUGGGCCCUUUUAAUAGAGAACCAUAUAGGGAUGUUAUGUUGCCACUGCACUUUUAACUUUGCUUAAUCCAAUUCUUGCAUAUCAGACAAAAUGAUUGUAUCCAUUGUUUUGUCCAUUUUCUAAUCUUUAACUUUCUUGUGUUCAGAGUCUUGCAAAGUUUAAUUUAUUUAAAAACAGGUGUAGCGUACAAUAGUGGCUUUGGCAUUCUUCAGACUUGCCCUCCAAAGAUGUUGUUAAAAAUACCAGAAAGGAAGCAGAUGUAUUAAAGGGAGAAAUACCAGUAAAUAGCUAAAAUGCAGAAAUUAGAAUGCAGUUUCCAUUUUCUGACCAACCUACCCCACAUUGCAGAAGACUGUGGAAUAAGCUAUGUACUUUGCUUUGCAUGUGAUAGUCUGACAUUAUGUCCUACUAUUGGAUGUAAGAAAUGUUAUGUAGUCAUCACUUGCAAAUAAAGAUGUUUUUAAGAUUGAAA